CAUGGGAAUGUUCCAGCCCCGACCUUUGACAAGCUAAUUACCACUUUAGCCUUUCAUUGAAUCUAGAAGAAAAACUAAUUACUAUUUAUAGUCCAAAAAUUUAUCUGCUUUGCUCAAGGUUUUCAGCAUGACAAAAGGUUUCUUUUCUUUUUCCCCUUUAGUGUAACUAUAAGGUUUAUAAUGGAGUCUUAAGAUUUUGUUUUGAAUUUUCAUCUUUCUUGGUUUUGAUCUAACGUAUAAACAAGUAUACCAAUAUAGGGUAUAUGGAUAUCUAUAGCUAUAGAAAGACAGAGGUAUACUUGUCCUUUUGGAAGGCAGAAGAGGUUGGGGUCAUGUGCCGCUGUCUCAAACAGUAGCAUUCGGACCCUUUUCAUGAAUAAGACACAAAAAAUUCUCCAAAUCUUCAACCAUGGUUUCCAACUGCCUACAAAUACCUCCUCAAGGGCCUAACAGCCUUAAUUGACACAAUAAGUUCUCUCUGGGCAGCUACUUCUUUCUCUCGGUUCAGUAUAGCGGUCGCAGUACUCAAGGCAAUGACAGGGAAGCUUACUAUUGUGAUGUACUUUCUUGUUAUCAUGCUACUUUUACUAGCACAGAACAAUGCUAGCAGCAUUAAAGAGGCACCUGCUCCACAGCCACAGCCACCUAGCAACUUCACAAGGCAUGGAAUCACUCAAGGCAGCCUUCAUCCCCAAGAGUGCGGCCCUCGCUGCACUUUUAGAUGUUCAAAGACACAAUACAGGAAGCCAUGCCUGUUCUUCUGCCAGAAGUGCUGCGCCAAGUGCUUGUGUGUGCCACCAGGAACUUAUGGAAACAAGCAAUUCUGCCCUUGCUACAACAAUUGGAAGACCAAGAGAGGAGGACCCAAGUGCCCUUAAUUCAAGAUCAGUUGUCUGGAGGCCUUUCGCUAUUUGACUUCUGCUUCUACCUACCCAUAUUACGUUCGAUGUCCUUUAAAUCUUUUGUCUGCUGAUGCUGUGAACAAUUCCUGUGUCGAUCGUGUGUAAUCAAGCUGAUUCUUUAUGCAGCUUACAUUUACCUUUUCAAAAGUUAAUUGGUAAAUAUAUUUAUUUUGUUAUGACCAAUAUAUUCAUGUUUCUUCUCGCUCUAUUUCCUGUGGAAGUAAAUUGGUUUUGUCUAAUAUUAGCAUUCA